AGAACAAAGUUCCUUCAACAGGUCUAAUACUGCAUGAGUACUGUACUGUAUACAACAGUUUAGGUUGUCUCCAGGGGGCGCUCUCACUACCACAUCUGCCACAAGCUCUUAAAAUAUUUUUUUCAUUAUUUAUUUAUUAUUUGAUCACAAAUAUUCACCAGUUUAACAAAUGCUAAGACAAACCCAGGUCAACGUUCUCCUACGUGGUUCCUCUCAGAACCUUUAAUACCUACCUGUUCCCUGGGGGAACCUUUUUCACGCUGGACCACAGGAGGCACAACGUUACAGAGACAAAGGGGAGUCCCUGUACUCGCACACACCCCGGGUCGGGUCCCCGUGCACGUGCUGACCAGACUGUACAGAACCGGAGCGGUCACGCGCUUCAAUCACAGCGAACGGAAAGUGACGGCGGCGAGGAAAGAAGAGAGGAGAGUGUGGGAGAGUGGGGCAGAGUGGAGGCUUUUGGUCGUCGCCGUGGAGAGGUUGGAGCAGCGGCUGUCUGCGGCUCUCACUCACUCUGAGGAAGACUCGCUCACUGACGGCGUCCCAACAUGAACCAGACCGCCACCGUGUCCCACCAGGUCCAGGUCCACUCCACCAAGACCAUCAAGGACCUGGGUGGAGUCAGUCCUCCACAGAGGAACUGGAAGGGCAUCGCCAUCGCCCUGCUGGUCAUCGUGGCCGUCUGCUCUCUCAUCACCAUGUCCGUUAUCCUCCUGACCCCAGCUGACAACCAGGCAGGAAGUGACACCAAACUGACUGUGGAGGAUCUGUUCAAGUCUGACUUCCAGGUCAACGACCCAGAGGCCAAAUGGAUCAAUGACUCUGAGGUCAUCUACAGGAACAGUGAUGGUCAUGUGAUCAAGUUCAACAUCGUCACCAAUGAAACGGCGAUCCUUCUGACGAACACAACAUUUAUCAAUUUUAACGUGGUGAAGUUCUCCGUCUCCCCGGACCUGAAGUACGUUCUCUUUGCUUAUGACGUCAAACAGGUUUUCCGUCACUCUUACAUGGCUGCGUACAGUAUCUACAAUAUUCACACUCGGGAGGUGCGGGAGCUGGACCCCCCCGAGGUGGUGAACUCGGUGCUGCAGUACGCCGCCUGGGGAGUUCAGGGCCAACAGCUGAUCUACAUAUUUGAAAACAACAUCUACUACCAGUCUGACGUGAAGACUAACUCUCUCAGACUCACGUCCUCGGGGAGGGAGGGGGUCAUCUUCAAUGGAAUCGCCGACUGGCUGUAUGAAGAGGAGGUCCUUCACAGCCAUGUGGCACACUGGUGGUCACCGGAUGGAGAAAGACUGGCCUUCCUGGUCCUCAAUGACACUCAGGUUCCCAACAUGGUCCUACCCCGCUUCACUGGCGUGCCGUACCCCAAAGGGAAACAGUAUCCAUACCCCAAGGCUGGACAGCCCAACCCAGUGGUGAAGCUCUAUGUGGUCAAUCUCUACGGUCCAACGCACACGCUGGAGCUGAUGCCGCCUGAAACUCUCAAACUACGAGAACAUUACGUCACCAUGGUGAAGUGGAUCAGCAAAACCAAGACAGCUGUGAGGUGGUUGAACCGAGCCCAGAACAUUUCCUUCCUGACUGUGUGUGACACAACCACAGGAGCCAGCCACACGAGACAUGAAGAAAGCUCUGAGCUCUGGCUGUCCAAGCAGAACCAAGAACCUGUGUUCUCCAAGGAUGGAAACAGGUUCUUUCUGACAGUUCCAGUCAAACAAGGAGGACGAGGAGAGUUCCACCACAUCGCCAUGUUCACCACACAGUUCAGGGCGGAUCAGAACGACGUGCGUCACCUGACGUCAGGAAACUGGGAGGUGACCAGGAUCGUCGCCUUCGACGAGAACACGGACAACCUGUAUUUUCUGAGCACGGAGGGUUCACCACGAAGACGACAACUUUACAGUGUUAAAACCGUGGGUCUGUUCCCACGUCGGUGUCUGACCUGUGAGUUAAACAAAGCCCAGUGUCUGUACUUCGACGCCAACAUGAGUCCUGAACACCAUCACAUCAUCAUACACUGUAAAGGCCCUGGAGCUCCGUCCGUGAUCGUACACAGCCUCAAUAACUCAGAUUACUACAUCCUCGAAAACAACUCUCUGCUCAAGGCUGCCUUGAAGACUAAGAGGAUCCAGCUGACGGACUUCAGAACAGUUCCAACUGAACACUUUGAGUUACCCCUGAAGAUCUCCUUCCCACCCGACUUCUCUGAGUCCCGUCACUACGGACUCCUGCUCAUAGUUGACAGUGCCCCCGGUGGUCAAGCAGUGACUGACCGUUUCUCCCUGAGCUGGGACUCCGUGCUGGUCAGUUCUGACAACGUCAUCGUGGCUCGACUGGACGGCCGGGGCAGCGGCUUCCAGGGUCAGAGGGUCCUGCACGAGGUCCACCACAGACUGGGGUCCGUUGAUGUCCAGGACCAGGUGGCAGCAGUGGAAUUCUUGACCAAGUUUCCGUACAUCGACCGUACGAGGAUCGCAGUGUUUGGACAGGGUUAUGGAGCCUACCUUGUGUUAAUGAUGCUGAAGUCCAGUGACAGUGUCUUCAAAUGUUCGUGUGCCAUGUCCUCACCGCGGACAGAGUCGAAAAUCUACGCAUCAGCGUUCUCAGAGAAGUACCUGGGCCUGCCACUGAGGGACGACAGCCUGUACCAGUUUUCCAGCGUGCUGCAGAACAUCCAGGCCCUGAGGGAGCAGACACUGAUGCUGGUCCACGGCACAGCAGAUGCACACGUUCACUUCCAGCACACGGCUGAGUUGGUCAAACACCUGGUCAGGGUCGGGGCCAACUACUCCAUGCAGAUCUACCCCGACGAGGGGCACUUCCUGUCGCAGCAGAGCCGCCAGCAUCUCUACGCCACGCUGACCAGCUUCUACAGGGAGUGUCUAAAGGAGGAGGUGCUGCAGCUGUCUGAGGAAGAGGAGGAGGAGGAGGACGACGAGUAAAUCAGGAGUCAGGGAGCUGUGAGACUGUGGACCUGUGGCAGAAACUAACAGAAUUUUACCAGAAGCCCUGAAGGCUUCCCUGACCAGUCUGACCCGGUCUGACCCGGUGGUCCACAGGAACCAGACUCUGGGUCAGAGCUCCAGAGGCUCUGCAGCAGGAGUGAGUGAACGAGUGAGUGAGUGAGUGAACGAGUGAAUCUGUGGACUCUUCCUAGUCUUCGGUGGUAAAGCACAUGGACCACAUGGACCUCAUGGACCUCAUGGACCACAUGGGCCGCUGCCUACAGGGCUGCACUCAUUCACAUUUAACAAAGUGCAUGAUUCCUUUCUGCUCCUUAUCUUUACUCCUUCACUAAUCCCACCCUGCUGUGUAGUCACACUGAGGGAGUACUGGUGUGUACUGGUGUGUACUGGUGUGUGUACUGGACAGUGACGACAGUCAUCGCCCAAACACAGGACUGAGAACCAGCCAGUACUGUUUCCUGACUCCUCAGUGACCCUGGUCCAUGUCGGUCUCACCUGGUUGCACUUGACACGUGGACACACCUGGUGACUGGUACUGCAGUAGUACUCAUUGUCCCUGGUCAUCGUCACCUUUGGUCCACUCAGGUCCAUCAGACACACAGUUUGUUUGUUUUCCUCAUCCACAGGUGUAAUGACUUCUCUACACCAGAGGUCAAUGGCCACCUGUGGGCCAUCCGAGGUACUGCAAGGGGCUGUGAAACCUUUGAGUGAUUAAAAAAUGUCUUAUAUUUAUAUAUUGUAAUAGAGUAUGAUAGAUUGUGUCAAUUAAAAAAAAUACAGUUAAAUAGAGACUUUGUUUAUAAAUUACAUUUUAAUUAGAUUUCAAUAAUAACCAUACACUGUUUGUUCCUGGUGUCUGUACCAGGACUGUAGUAGCUAACGCUAGCUCUGGUGUCUGUACCAGGACUAGCUCACAAACAAAAUUAUGGUGCAUUACUGCCACCUGCAGGGCUGGAGUGUGUGUGUAAGUUAGUAUUUUGUCAAUGAUGAAACUGAGAAAGGUUAGAUAUAAUUUGUCAUCCUUUAAUAUAUGUAUAUAUUCCAAAUUAACACGUCAAAGCGUCAGCCCCAGGUAUAAUAUAUACAGUACAUAUAUAUUUUAAUUUAAUAUAAAGAGAUCUAUUUGAUUUAUUUUCCAGGUGAUCAUGACUUUUAACUGUGCUGAUUUUGAUAUUGGUUUCAGUGACAGUUCUGUUUAUUAAUUUUAUAUGUCACAGCGCCACCUACUUCCUC